CCUUUUCUGCGACUCCCUGGCUCGCCUGUUGCGGAGGUAGUUGGCUCCCCGCUUGCAGCCCUCCGCAGACGGCUUCGCGCGGCCCGGGGACCGGGAACCCGCGAGACUCUCGUCUGCGGUGCUAAGGGUGUGCCUCAGCAGCCCAAGGCGCGGAAGAGGGACGCCCCGGCCUUGGGGCCACUGCCCUCCCUUUAUUUUCGUUGUCGCGAACGCCGUCCGCCCGGGAGACGCCCCGUGACCGGCGCGAUGAGUGCCAACGAGGACCAGGAGAUGGAACUGGAGGCAUUGCGUUCUAUUUAUGAAGGAGAUGAAAGUUUCCGGGAAUUAAGUCCGGUUUCAUUUCAAUAUAGGAUAGGUGAAAACGGUGAUCCCAAAGCCUUCCUAAUAGAGAUUUCCUGGACAGAGACCUAUCCGCAGACACCUCCAAUCAUAUCUAUGAACGCCUUUUUUAACAACACCAUAUCGUCAGCUGUAAAGCAGAGCAUAUUAGCCAAGUUACAGGAGGCGGUGGAAGUGAAUCUCGGGACGGCCAUGACCUACACGUUGUUUGAAUAUGCCAAGGACAAUAAAGAGCGGCUCAUGGAGAACCACCGUCCUGUCUGUUCUACUACGUCCAUAAGCAAUAUCAUCUCAGUUGAAACUCCUAACACAGCCCCAUCAAGUAAGAAAAAAGACAAAAAAGAACAACUUUCAAAAGCCCAGAAACGUAAGCUGGCAGAUAAAACAGAUCACAAAGGAGAACUUCCUCGAGGUUGGAACUGGGUUGAUGUGGUGAAGUUAAGCAAAACUGGCUCUAAAGAUGAUGAAUAGCACUUGGAAUUGGAGACGAGGGAGGAAGAGCAUCCUUUAAAAAGACCAUGAAAGCCCUUUUCAAAUUCUCAUCCCAAUGGAGCAGAAGACUGAGUGAACAGCGCGUUCACAGCGUCAUCCAUAUGAAUAGGCUUCUCGUCUGUACGUCCUCAUCCCUUCCUUCUCUUAAUUACUGAAGCGUAAAUUCCUUCAGAGAAAUUUAAAUACUAGUAUUUGAACUUUAUACAUAAUAUUCUUUGUAGUUCCUUUUUAUUUUUCAAGGGUGAACUGCUUUUUAAUAAAUGAAUAUGUUUAUACUUUCCUCCUGGUGUGGGUUAUGAUGUUUGAUCAUGAGAGCUUUCAAUGGUAUGUGGAAUAGGAGAAAGAAAAAAAAAAAAACCAAAUCUGCCAAAUACAUUAGAAAGCAUUUGACUAGAAGUGCUGGUUCCUAUUUAAAACCGUUCUCUUUGCUGCAUAUACCAAAAUGGGAGUAAAAGAUGCCUUAAUAUUUAAUUUUUAUAUUGUUAGAGACAAUGGUUUUCAUAAAUUGCUAUUUAUCUGUUGUUGUGUAUUUUUAGUUGUUUGAUAACUGAGUUCUUCUAAGUGGUUUCACAUAAAACCACAUUUCAAGCUUUGUUUCUUUUCAAGUAUCCAAAUGUAUGUCUCAGCCCACUCAUCUUUGUAAAAAUAGACAUAGAAGUCUUUCAAAUGCUGUUUUAGCAAGAGGUUACUGAUGUGUAUGUGCGAUUUACAGUGAUUCUGUAUAUACUCCCCAGCUUCAAAAACACUGACUGCUGUGGUUUCUGGAAGAGUCAGUUGUUGGUUCCUCAGUUACACCUGUGCAGCUCGGGUCUGAGUUUUUAAAGAAUAGUUAACUUUUAAAGACGUUUCUUUAUCAAAAGAGCAGUUUGAGUUAUAUCCAUGGUUUUCGCUGGGUUAACAUUGGCUUCAGUUAAAUCGUUUCAAUUAUAAAGUAAGUAUAACUAUGGUGAAGAAGCUUGUCUCAUUUUUAAAUGCUGAAUCACGUUUUAUUUCUUGAAUUAAUACGAUAGAAACGUCAAAAUUCCGGACCACUGGAAUAUGCCAACUUUUUUGUUUUGGGGUUGUGUGUAUAGUUUUUGUUGUGCUGAUUUGUUUGCUUGUUUUUUAAAGAAACUGAAACUGCUAUGUCUGCUAGUGGAAGAAAAUGCUUUUGUUUUGCUCUGAAGAUUCUGAAAUUAUUCAGGCAUAUCGUGGUUCAUAGAUUACAAAGAAUAAUGCUAGUUAAAUGCCAAUGAGCUAUUUUUACUCUUUUUAUACGAAAUGUACAAAUUUCGGGGGGGGGGGUGAUGGUGGCAGCGGUGCCUCUUACUACCUUAUGUAAAACACUUGAACAUUUUCAUCAAUAUUGCCAUCAUCUGUUUAAUACUCCCAGUAUAUUUUCUCAACGUGUUUACCUAAAGUUGUAUGGAAUGACAUAAUAAGCAAUAAAAUCUGAAUUACA